GUCGCAGCUGUGUUGCAAACCUUUCAAAUUUACCCUGCAAUAAAACCAAUUAAAAUACUUGUUUAUUCUUAUCGUUUGGAGCUGUUUGUGUUGGAGCAUUUUUAAACAGAGAGCAGCCCCCAUUUGGUUUAUGCGCUCAAUUGUCUACUCGAUUUCGCUAAAAUUUGUUGGCGCUGUUUGCGAUUGUGUGGUCAAUUUGGUCUGUGAUCGUCUUAAAGGGAGCUUGUUGCUUCUUGGCUAUCAGAAGUAAAGACGUGCCCGAGAGUGUUGGUUGUGCCGUAAUAGUAUAUUCCAUUUUUCUGUUCCAAAAUACAUAAAAUCCAUUAAGUGUGCACUGUAAAUAUAUAGCAAACCCGAAUGUGUUUCAAAGUGUGAAAAGUAAUUGGAAAAAUAGUGAUAAAUUUUACGCAUAAACAUGCAGUUAUUUAAGCAAGCAGCGUUUAACCAUACGCUACUAUUGUUGCUUAGCCUAUGGUCCUGUUGCAUUUGGGCGUCAACAAAUGCAGCGACAACAGAUGCGAGCAGCGAUGCGGCAGCGGAGGAAGGAGCAAAGCACAUAAAAGUAUUUACCGUGGCGACAGAACGCACUGAUGGAUACUUGCGGUACUUGCGUUCAGCAAAGCGUGUCUAUGACAUUGAGGUGAAUACGCUUGGCAUGGAUGAGGAGUGGAAAGGCGGCGAUAUGAAUGGUUUGGGUGGCGGCUAUAAAAUACGCUUGCUACGCGAAGCUGUUGAGCCUUUCAAAGAUGAGAAAAACACAAUUAUUUUGUUCACCGACAGCUACGAUGUCGUCUUCACCACCGGCCUUAAGGAUAUUUAUAGGAAAUUCAAAGAAUUUGGCGCUAGAGUGCUCUUCUCUGCGGAAAAAUUCUGUUGGCCUGAUGUGAAAUUGGCCAAGUCAUAUCCCCCAGUGUCGGAGGCCAACUCAUCGCCAUACCUGAACUCGGGCGCUUUUAUCGGCUACGCACCGGAGAUUUAUAGCAUUUUAAGCGCUGAGGAAAUCAAAGACGACGACGAUGAUCAACGUUACUAUACGAAAAUAUUCCUUGAUGUAGAUAAACGUAAAAAAUGGAGCAUACAAUUGGACACGCAAUCGCGUUUGUUCCAGAAUUUGAAUGGCGCCCGUGAAGAUGUCAAGCUGAAUGUGGACUUGGACUCGAAUGAGGGCAAAUUGCAGAAUAUUAACUUUAUGACCGAGCCGAGUAUUAUACACGGUAAUGGACCGAGUAAAGUCGAGUUAAAUGCAUUUGCAAAUUAUUUGGCGAAAACCUUCCAUGGCGAGUGUUUGAUAUGUCAGGAAGAUCGUUUGGAGUUGCAAGAAAAGAAUCUGCCCGUUGUGUCUGUAGCGCUCAUCGUUACAGAAACAGUGCCUUUCUUCGAUAUGUUCCUGCAGAAAGUCGAAAACCUUAACUAUCCCAAGCAAAAUUUGCAUCUAUACAUUUACAGUAAUCAAAAAUUCCAUGAUGAUAUGGCGCAAGCUUUUCUUAAGCGCGUAGAAAAGGAGUACCGCAGCGCGAAAAUCGUGCUUUCCAGCGAUGAGCUGAAUGAGCAACGCGGUCGUGAAUUGGCGCUCCAACAGGCCAAACAAAAGCAGAGCGACUAUAUAUUCUUCGUGGACGCCGCUGUGCAAAUAGAUGAUCCGCAAUUGUUGCGCGAGUUGUUAAUCAUGAAUAGACAAUUCGUUGCGCCUGUGGUGAGCAAAUACGAUGAAUUAUGGAGCAAUUUCUGGGGUGCACUUUCCGAUGGCGGCUACUAUGCGCGCUCACACGACUAUGUGGACAUUGUGAAGGCCUCAUUUACCGGCAUGUGGAAUGUCCCUUAUGUGUCCAGUGUUUAUCUGAUCAAGAGCAGCGCAUUCAAACAUAUCUCGUAUCAGCAUCGCGAUUAUGACCCCGAUAUGGCAAUGUGCGAGUCGCUACGCAGAGCUGGUGUCUUCAUGUACGUCACUAACCAGCAUAUCUUUGGUCAUUUGGUAAAUGCCGAUAAUUUCGACACCGCCGUCGCGCGUCCUGACUUUUACACGAUAUUCAGCAAUAAAUACGAUUGGGUCAGAAAGUAUAUACAUCCAAAUUAUUUUAAACAUUUGGAACCGAAUACAACCAUUGAGCAACCCUGUCCCGAUGUUUUCUGGUUUCAAGUCGGUACCGACGCUUUUUGCGAUGAUAUGGUGGCGAUUAUGGAAAACUUCGGCAAAUGGUCGGAUGGCAGCAAUAAAGAUGCGCGUUUAGAGGGUGGCUACGAAGCGGUGCCCACACGUGACAUACACAUGAAACAGGUGGGAUUGGAUGGUGUGUGGCUGAAGUUCCUGGAUUACAUUGUGCGUCCGCUGCAAGAGAAAGUUUUCAUGGGCUACUAUCAUAAUCCGCCACGCUCGCUCAUGAAUUUCGUUGUGCGCUAUCGCCCGGAUGAACAACCGUCACUGCGUCCACACCAUGACUCCUCCACAUACACGAUUAAUAUCGCAUUGAAUAGCGUGGAUGUGGAUUAUGAGGGCGGUGGCUGCCGUUUCCUACGCUACAACUGUCAGGUGGAUAAGACGCGCAAAGGUUGGAUGUUUAUGCAUCCAGGUCGUUUGACGCACUACCAUGAAGGCUUACCGGUGACAAAUGGCACGCGUUACAUAAUGAUUUCGUUUGUUGAUCCAUAAAUGCGACAUUUUGCGGUCUAAAGCAGCGGAGGAGCGCAUCGUAGCGCAACAGUCGUUUAGAAUUUAAGCAAAAACUGCCAUUGGCCUGUCCAAAGAUUACCUUUAGUUGUUUUGUAGUCGCUUUCCUUAUGAAUACAUUUAUGCAUACAUUUAUGCGCAUAGUAUGUGGCAUCUGGAAAAACUUUCUUAGUUAUCGUAUCGAAUCGUAAGAGUCUACUUAAUUCGCAAGUCGAGUAAUAAUAAUAAUAUACAAUACAUUACUUAUAUACACAACAAAGCAAUUUUUCCCCAACAAAUGUGAAAAUCUAGUUGCAUGCAUAUCGUGCGUAAUUUACUGAAUACUCGUCAUUACGAAUGAAUUUACUAUAUUUUACAAACUAACUAACAAGUGAAGCUGCAUUUAAUCAAAUAAUCACAAUGAAUUGACACAGUCAAAAUGUACUCGAAUUGACAAUUUUUUACAACAUUUUAUAUUUACCUUAACAAUUAGCUGAUGUAUGUGUUUGCUAAAAAGUGAUUGAUUUAUAAGCAAUGAACAAAUAAACAUUUUAUGUAAAAUAGUAAUAUAAA